GGGGGAGCCAAUCCUGUUGCAGAUAGGCGGCCACGCCCAUCUCGGAAGACGCUGGGGAGAGCGUUGAAGGGCGGGUCCCAGGGACUAAAGGGACCUCGGGACUCUUUGGAGUCUGUCAGCCGGGUCAGGACCCGGGGAGGGAAGGUGGAGGUGGACCCUGACCCAGGGCUCCUCAGAUGAUUGUGCACAAAGAGAGCAUCCCAUGAGCCUGGGCUCCCAUGGCAUCCAAAGACAAAGACAUAGUGCCCUCACUGGGCUCCCCCUGGGACGCCAUCCUCCAGGCUGCCAAAGACCAGCUCCCGUCCCUGGACUCCGACUCCUCCUUGUCAGACUUUGACGAAGAGGAACCAUUCAUCUUCCAGCGAAACCAACCUGUCCUGAUUCCAGACCUGGCUGAGGAGCUGGCUGAAGACCCUGCUGGUAGAGACAAAUCUGGGACCUGGGUCCCUGGAGCUAAAAAACCUCCACCUGAGGUCUGUGGGACGCAGGCUAAGGGAACCCAUGAUGUCUGGCACCUUGCUGGCAGAAGGGAGUAUGUGUCUGUCCACAGCUCUCGGGACUCUAAACAUCAGUAUGGGUCCACAGUGCCUAAAACUGCUGGUCUAGCAUGUGGUACACUCAGUCCUUCCACCUUCAGGGACAAACCAAAGUAUUCAGGGGCCCAACUGCUAAGCAUGUGCAUCUCUUCUUCAUUGUUUCAGCAACUUGAAGAGUGGGAUUUGGAUUACAUCCUUCAGAGUCUGCCAGAGCGAGAAGACAACCAGGGAAAUUGUGCACCCAGAACCGCGUGGUGGGCAGCUGACUCCUGCCGAGGCGAAGGUCUGACUCUGAACACCGCAGCCCAAGUGAACCCAAUUGUUCGGACAACAUGUGCUUCUAUAAAGCUGGGCUUUCAGGCUGCACAGGGCCAGAAGCUUGCUGGGGGCGUGAGGCCGAAGACAGAGCCUCCUACCAUCUUCAUUGACCUGCGGCGGACAGAGCCACUGGAGCCACAAGACCAGUCCCCAGAAAGCUCCAGCCACAGCUCCUCUGACAGUGGAGAGGAGGAGGAUGAAGAUGAAUAUGAGGAAGAGGACACAGCAGCUCUAGGAGACCAUCAGGGCCCAGCACAGCAGGCAUCUCUUUCCUCCUGGGGCCUAAGGUAACCACAGGCCCGCCACCUGCCUCUGCUGCCCUGGCAUCCUGGCCCUCUGGGCUCUUAACC